UGUUUCACGUGUCGCUCUAUAGACGACCCCCACCCCCUGAUGCACGCUCCCGCGAAGACCACAGUGCACGAGCAGCAUUCCAGCGCUGUCUCCUCACACUGCGAAACUUGGAGUUGGAGGAGCAACAACUAGUAUCCACUGCUUGCUUGUAAGUCAGCGCUGGAGAAGGCAGCCGGUGGACCAAACGAGCGUGCCUCGACUGGACAAAACAAGAAAACCGACCCAACUUCGGAAAACUAUGGAUGCAAAGAGAGUGGAGACCAUUUCUGCCAGGGUGGACGCUGCUGUUUCUUCACCUGUAGUUGGGUGCCAGCCAUGUCUACACCGUCGAAGAGGACCCAGUGGAGGGAGGACCUGCAGCAUUUACGUAAAGAGCACGGCUUCUCCAAGAAAGUCCUUCUCAACUGCUGCCUGGUGCGGCGCAUCAUCACCUGGGCCUCCCCAAACCCCAAAGACAGUGUUGAGGAUGAGCUUGAACUCUCUGCAGUGCGUCAUCGUCCCGAGGGCCUGGAGCAACUGGAGGCGCAGACGCGUUUCUCCCGCAAGGAGCUACAGAUCCUUUACCGAGGCUUCAAGAAUGAAUGCCCCAGUGGAGUCGUCAACGAGGACACCUUUAAAGACAUCUAUGCGCAGUUCUUCCCACAAGGAGAUGCAUCGACAUAUGCACAUUUCCUGUUCAAUGCAUUUGACACAGAUCACAACGGGUCUGUGAGUUUUGAGGAUUUUGUCAUGGGCCUUUCAAUCCUUCUGCGAGGGACAGUCCAGGAAAAGCUCAACUGGGCUUUCAACCUCUAUGAUAUCAAUAAGGACGGAUAUAUAACUAAGGAGGAAAUGCUGGACAUCAUGAAGGCCAUCUACGACAUGAUGGGAAAAUGUACAUACCCUGUCCUCAAAGAGGAGACGCCUCGUCAGCAUGUGGAAAUAUUCUUUCAGAAGAUGGACAAGAACAAGGAUGGCGUUGUAACCAUAGACGAGUUCAUUGACUGCUGCCAAAAUGAUGAAAACAUCAUGAGAUCGAUGCACCUCUUUGAAAACGUUAUUUAACUCUUGACUGACCGUGGAAGCCGUCGAAACGACCGUCAUCUUUAGCUGACCUGGACUCAUACUGUGUACAGUGUGCUAUGCAGACUCAACAACUUUUGACCAUCGAUGAAACAUUGUCCACCGCAGAGGGCCACAAGUAGGACGUUAGACGUUGUGGCUCGAACACUCUGGAAUUACUUGCCUCUUGAACAUUUUAGCGCUUAAGUUGUCGUUUUGUCACGUAAAGAUUCACAGAGAGAUUCGCAAAAUGGAGAAAUAAAUUGAAUAUCAAUGUUGACUGUAUGUCUCUAGAGCCUCUUUUUGUUUGCCGAACACCGACCUGCAGGCGGUGUUAGCCUCACCAUCACCUGGGAAAUAAGAGUUCCACAUCAAAGUCAGUGUUUGGACUGCAGGCUGGUGUCGGGUACAGCUCAUUUAUUUAUUUAUUUUUUAUUAAAGAGUAAAAUCACUGUGACUUCAUCCAUCGAGAACCGCAUAGGAUACAAUAACUUCUCUUCAACAUAUCGGAUCAAAUCAUGCCACUCAUUUUAUACAUUGAAGAUCCUUUUUAAAUACAAAUCGGCUCACGAUUCCAGAGUGUUCUUUCCACAAUCUAGUGAACCACUGUGGUCUUUCCUCUGCUCUCCUAAGGAAGCGUUUCAAAAGAAGGCAAACAAACAAAAACAAAAAAAACAUUGUAUCAUUUUUAAAAGUGUAAAUACUAGAGAUAAUGCGAUACAUAAGAACUCUAUGAGAACCUUUUCGACUUUGUUCAUGUUUACUUGCCAACUAGAACGAGACAACACAAGGAUUGCAUUGAUGUCAAUUUGGACCACGAUAUCGAUGGUUUGUCAACAGAAGCACACCGGUAGCUGUAUUUACCACGAGUUUAAGAUUAGAAGAGGAUGUCUUUGUCAUAAGAGAAAUGCUGCUUUUAAUGUAUUUCAUUUACUCCUGUUCAUGUAUAUUCCCUGUAAAGACAUGAUGUAAACCAUCUAUCAGUAUGUUCUCAUUUGUUUUGAGGCGCUAUUUUGGAGUUUACACAGAGAGCGAUGUUUGAGUGUAUUUAUAUGGUAUUAUGGUCAUUGUACAAAGGAUUGUCAGGUGUACAGUAUUAAACAAAAAUUCACUUUGGGGUGAAUUUCAGGUCCUUGGA